CGAUUGGCAGAGCGGAGCUUUCAGGAACAAUAACAGUGGGGGGACCCCCGGCCCGGGGAGCCGCCCCCGCCCCCGGCCCGGCUGCGCGGCUCGCGCCCCGCCGGGUCCCCACCUCCGUGCGGCCGGGCCCGCCCCCGCGCCCACCAUGUACGCCUUUGUGCGGUUCCUGGAGGACAACGUCUGCUACGCGCUGCCCGUGUCGUGCGUGCGCGACUUCAGCCCCCGCUCGCGUCUGGAUUUUGACAACCAGAAGGUGUACGCCGUGUACCGGGGCCCGGAGGAGCUGGGCGCCGGGCCUGAGAGCCCCCCGCGCGCCCCUCGCGACUGGGGUGCGCUGCUGCUGCACAAGGCCCAGAUCCUGGCGCUGGCAGAAGACAAAUCUGACCUUGAAAACAGUGUGAUGCAGAAGAAAAUAAAAAUCCCCAAACUCUCUCUCAAUCACAUAGAAGAAGAUGGGGAGGUUAAAGAUUACGGGGAAGAAGAUUUACAGCUUAGACACAUCAAGAGACCCGAGGGGCGGAAGCCAAGCGACGUGGCACACAAGAGCAUUGAGGCCGUGGUGGCCCGGCUGGAGAAGCAGAACGGCCUGAGCCUGGGCCACAGCACAUGCCCAGAGGAGGUCUUCGUGGAGGCCUCGCCGGGCACGGAGGACAUGGACAGCCUGGAGGACGCCGCCGUGCCCCGGGCUCUGUAUGAGGAGCUGCUGCGCAACUACCAGCAGCAGCAGGAGGAGAUGCGCCACGUGCAGCAGGAGCUGGAGCGGACUCGCAGGCAGCUGGUGCAGCAGGCCAAGAAGCUCAAGGAGUACGGGGCGCUCGUAUCCGAGAUGAAGGAGCUACGCGACCUCAACCGCAGGCUCCAGGACGUGCUGCUCCUGAGGCUCGGCAGCGACAAUCUUCGGGAAGGGGCAGAGCAGAAGGUGGUAUUCAUCACAGGUCGAGUCCACCCAGGGGAAACACCCUCUUCCUUUGUGUGCCAAGGGAUCAUUGACUUCCUCAUAAGCCAGCACCCAAUUGCUCGUGUCCUGCGGGAACACCUGGUCUUCAAGAUUGCACCAAUGCUCAACCCUGAUGGAGUCUACCUGGGCAAUUACAGGUGCUCUCUGAUGGGGUUUGACCUGAACCGUCACUGGCUGGAUCCCUCUCCAUGGGCCCACCCUACCCUGUAUGGGGUAAAACAGCUCAUCAUCCAGAUGUACAAUGACCCAAAGACGAGCCUGGAGUUCUAUAUCGACAUCCACGCCCACUCCACCAUGAUGAAUGGCUUCAUGUACGGCAAUGUCUUUGAGGAUGAGGAGCGCUUCCAGAGGCAGGCCAUCUUCCCCAAGCUGCUCUGCCAGAAUGCUGAGGACUUCUCCUAUUCCAGCACAUCCUUCAACCGGGACGCCGUGAAGGCAGGCACUGGCCGCCGCUUCCUCGGUGGCCUCCUGGACCACACUUCCUCCUGCUACACCCUGGAGGUCUCCUUCUACAGCUACAUCAGCGGGGGCACCACUGCUGCGGUGCCCUAUACCGAGGAAGCCUAUAUGAAGCUGGGGCGGAACGUGGCCAGAACGUUUUUGGAUUAUUAUCGGCUAGACCCCAUGGUUGAGAAAAUGGCGAUUCCCAUGCCAAGGCUGCGGAAAGAAAGACCCCCUCCCUACAAGUACCCACUCCGGCGGGGCCCGACCAGCAGCUAUCCCAUCAGCAAAGGGGACAAGAAGAGCUCAGUGAACCACAAAGACCCUUCAAACUCUUUUUAAGGACAUGAAGUCCUGGGAGGUCUUGUGGAGCAUGCAUUUUCUGCUGGGGCAUAACAUUAAUCACCUUCUAGUUUCCAAGAGAAGGGCUGUGGGAUAAGGAAUAAGCUAGUGAAGAGGAAGGGAGGAAAGUGAGAAAUUUCAUCAUUGAUUUUCCCUUUUACCAAUGGAAAAUCAAUUGUAAGGCUUCAGCUUACAGCUCAGGAACAAAAUAGGAGAUGCAAACCAGGCGAGUACAGAUGCCCCUUUCCCACCACAUAGAGAUGCUCACGGGAAGAGGAAAACCUGCACAUCCCUUUGAGAGGUUGGUCAGAAGUCCGUGCUCUCCGGCCCUUUCCCUGUUGAAGUUGUACAGUUACUACAAAUGGUUACCUUUUAUUUAUUUUUAUUUUUAAUAUAUUUUAUUGAUUUUUUACAGAGAGGAAGGGAGAGGGAUAGAGA